GCUUAUUUUUAUUUCCGCCGGCACCGGUGGCAGACACUGCUCGCUCUCCAUUUUCGCGCCCGCACUUCGAUCCGUGCCGCAUCGCGAGGAAUCUUCGAUCUCUGCGCUCCGGUCGAAGAGAAGGAAGUCCUGAGGCGAGCUCUCGGUCGGAUCUCAGGAUAUGGAGGCGGUUCCGCAGGAUGAUCUGUAGAUCUUGAGAGGAUAGGGGUUCGAAAUGGAGGGUAUCAGUGCGGAGGAUCUCCCCACCAUUGGAGGCAUCGCCACCGUCUCCCUGCUCCACUCCUUCAUCCCCACCCACUGGCUCCCCUUCUCCGUCGUCGGCCGCGCCCAGAAAUGGACCCUCCCCCGCACUCUUCUUGUCACCAUAUUUGGAGCAGUCCUGCAUGUGAUAUCUACUUCACUGCUUGGCAUUACUGCAAUCACCAUGGCUAAUACAAUUGCUGGUGAAGAAACAGUUCACAAGCUUGCUUCGCUGCUGCUCAUAGUUCUUGGAGGAGGUUACAUUCUUCUUUUUUUAUUCGGAAAGGGAGGCCACGGUCACUCUCACAACCAUUCAAUGGAGAAAAUGGCUGUUGCUGGCCUUGUUCUUGUACCCGCAUUAUCUCCUUGUGCAACAACACUUCCUGUGUUCCUUGCUGUUGGUAACUCAUCGUCUAUGAUGGUUCUAGCUAUUAUUGUGCUUCUGUUUAGCACCAUCACUGUCAUGACGUCCCUAGUGGCCCUCUCAUUUUACGGCGCCAGCCAGCUCAAGUUUAACUGGGUUGAACGUAAUGACAAGCUUCUCGUUGGCUCAGUGCUUGUCCUGGUUGGAAUACUUACACUGAUCUUCCACGAUCAUGAUGGCGAUCAACAUUCAACAGGGGAGCACCUUCACAGGAAGCUUAUCGUGUAACGAGCAUUUAAAGUUUAUAUUGCUUGUUGGAAUCUAUUUGUAUCAUGUUAUGAUUUCGAUCGACUGGUACGAGAUAAAAGGAUAUUCUUGACUGAACUCCCAAAGGCUUACUGUUUGAACAUUGAGGAUUAUUCCCUGGACCAAUCGCAUCAUCUUUUUUUGUUGUAAA